UCAUGGCGUACUAUUUUAAUUUUUGUUCUCAAUAACCAAAACGAUCGGGAAUUUUCGGUCGUUAAUAAAAUAAUGAACAUAAUAUUAUAUAAUAUUAUGUAGUUUGAUAGUGAUUAGUGAGUAGGUACUGAGUAGUGACUAGUGGAGUAGUGAGCUUUGGGCAGUGGCCGUCGACUUUACUGCUGUACCUAUCUAAUUCGUUAUUUCGACCAACAAGCAAAAGACUUUGUAGGUUGUACAGUUUCACAGUUGAUUUAAUUCAAUCUCUACUCUCUUGAUAAUUUAUUUAUCACUUAAAGUAGCUAUAAAUUUUAUUCAUUUUGUUAUUAUAGUUAUAUGUAGGUAGUUUUUAUAUUGGUAAUAACCGUCUAUUCUUAAAUUCAUAAAAUAAACACCAGAAUACCAGGAAACAAAUUAUUGAAUUCAAAAUCUGAAAUCAUCAAUAUUAAAAAUGCCUGUAAAAAAAACCAUUCUUAAUAGCCGUAGUUUUGAUGUAUACCAGGAUAGAAAUAAGUAUUAUGAGGAUUUACGUCGUAAACGCAAUGAUGUAACUAUUGAGUUGCGAAAAACAUUACGCGAUGAACAAUUAAAAAAACAUAGAAAUAUAGUUUUAGAUGCCCAUAAUGAUGAAUUGGAAUUAAAACCUGAACCUGAAGUUGAAUUGACAAUUGAUGAUAUCAAAGAAGGUUUAAAAGGUCAUACAUCAUCAGUUAAAAAAUUAAAUUGCUUAAAAUAUGCUCGUAAGAUGUUAAGUUCAAGGAAAUGUGCUCCAAUUGAUGACUUUAUUAAAGCUGGUAUUUUACCGAUGUUGAUGGAUUUCUUGACACCAAAAUAUAAUAAUGACACUGAUUUCCAGUAUGAAUGUUCGUGGAUAUUGACAAACGUAGCAUCAGGAUCAUCAGCAAACACAACUUCUAUAGUUAAUGAGGGUGCAGUUCCUUUACUUAUUAAUUUGCUUAAAUCACCAGAUAUACGUGUGAUGGAACAAGCUGUUUGGGCUUUAGGAAAUAUUGCGGGUGAUGGACCCAAACUUAGGGAUAUUGUAUUAUCUAAUGGUAUUGUACCAAUUUUAAACAGUUUAUUACAAACAACUCAACAAGUCACUGCACAACAGAACAUAGUAUGGACGCUAUCAAAUCUUUGUCGCAGCAAAACUCCUCCUCCAAAUUUUAAUUAUUUACUUCCAUCUAUUCCGUUGUUGGUUGGAAUGUUAAAUCAUAACGAUUCUCAAGUUGUUUCUAAUGCUUGCUGGGCUUUAUCAUACUUGACUGAUGGAAGCAAUGAAAAGAUUCAAGUAAUUAUUGAGGCAGGUGCAUUGAAAGGAAUUUUAAAAUAUUUAGAAGUCGAUGACACUACUAUUCUUAUACCUGCACUAAGAGUAGUUGGCAAUAUUGUUUCUGGUAAUGAUGUACAGACAAAACAUGCAUUGGAUCAUGGUGUACUUAGAUACCUUCAUAAUCUAUUAAAUCAUAGACGUAUUCCUGUUGUGAAAGAUGCUGCUUGGUUAUUGUCAAAUGUGAUGGCUGGUAGUGUAGAACAAAUUCAAGCAGCCAUUGAUCAUAAUUUAUUGCCAGUUUUGAUUAGAGCUCUACAACGGGGAGAUAUCAAAGUACAAAAAGAAGCUGCUUGGGCCAUAAACAAUCUAUUUAGUGGUGGUUCAGAUGCUCAGAAAUCUCAUCUAAUUGAUAUUGGAAUAUUGGAACCUUAUUGUGCCUUAUUAAUCUCUCCAGAUGAUAGAAUGGUAGAGAUUAUACUGGAAGGUCUUAAUCAAUUAUUAGAAAAAUCUGACUGCACUCGAGGCAAGAUCUGUAUGUUAAUUGAAGAGGCAAAUGGAUUAGAUCACUUGGAAUCAUUGCAAAAUCAUUCUUCUCAAAAGAUUUAUGAGAUGUCAUAUAACAUAGUGGAGAAAUAUUUUCAAGGAGAGGAUGAAAUUCAGGAUUUUGACUUGGGAAUAAUUCCACAAGAUAUGAGUUCAGGAAAUAUAUUCAGCAUUGAUCAUUGACAAGAGAAAAUAUAUCUCAAAAAUUAGGUAUAACUGAUUGAUAUAAAAUUAACCAGUUCUUAUUUUUCAUUAAAUUGUUUUAUGUAUCAAAAUCCUUAAAUUUAUUUUUAUGUUAUCGAAUUACUUGUUUAGAUUUUCAACCAGUUAUUUUUUUUAUACAAAUUUAUAUGUUAAAUGUAAUGUGCUUUCAUUGUUUAUAAUGGAAGUACAUAUUUAUUAUAUACUAUUAUACUUACACUGUAUUUCUUUUAUAAUUUGAAAAAAAUGUAUAUCAUUUAAAUAAUAUUCUUUUUAGAAUCAAUUGUAUUUGACAUGUUGUGAAAUGUCAUACAUUUACAGUUAUAAUAUUAAAUUGAAAAAAAUGUUAAAAGUUUAAAAUAUUUUAUUUCCUUUGCUACCACCAUUUAUUUUACUUAUACUAUGUAUCUAAGUUAACCAAUUUUUUUAUGAAGUGUUAGUUCUUUUAAUUAUAAAAUAGCUUAUUUUUAAUUUAAUUAAUUACAUAAGAGAUUGUAUUAAUGAUCUAUUUAAAUAUUGAGCUUGUGGCCACAUGGGAUGAUAUAGUACUAUAGUCUAUAGAAUAAUCUUAUAAAUCAUCACUUUGAUGUAAGAGUUCUGUAUUUUUUUAAUUACCAAAAAAUUGUUAUUUUUUGUUUAAUAGCAAAUUACGUCAACAUUUUAACUUCUAAUGAAUAUAAAAACGGAUGAUUUUGCUUAUA